CAUGUUAGUGCAAGUCAUUCCAAGGCAAGUUGGAGUUUGUUUGAAGGUAUUUGUUCAGAAAGGUUUUAGAUUUUGAAGCCGAUCUAUCCAAAAAUAUGUUUCAUACCAGCACACAACGAAAGCACUGGACAUUCAGUAGUCCAGAAGAAAUAGAAAACUUAAGAGUUAGCGUUAAUUCCGAGUAUAAAACGCGCUACAAUGAGAGCAUUACUAAAAAGAAUGUAGACGACUUUCUAACAACUGAAGAAGAAAAAAAGCUGGUUGAGUACUACGAGGUAGUUUUGACCGAUGUCUCGGCAAAAUUCCAGCCUCCAAUCCCUUGGUCUGCAGUGGCUACAGCAGUGACUUACAUGAAAAGGUUUUAUCUCAAGACAUCUGUGAUGGACUAUCCACCGAAGGAGAUGUAUUUGAUCUGUUUGUAUAUGGCCUGCAAAGUGGAUGAAUACAACAUCUCGGCUGAGAAAUUCGUCUGCAUCUUGCCUGGUGAUCGGAGAGAAAAAGCCAUUGAUUUCAUUCUUUCGCACGAGUUGCUUCUAAUGCAGCGCUUGGACUUUCAUCUAACAGUACACAACCCCUAUAGGCCAAUGGAGGGAUUUAUAAUUGACAUGAAAACUAGGAUGUCAAUCAACCCUGACAGAUGGCGCGCCAAGGCAGAUGAGUUUCUUCACUUGGCCUUACGAAGUGAUGCAUGGUUUUUGUUCUCGCCAUCACAGAUAGGACUUGCUGCUCUUAGUUAUGGUUGUGAGAAAGCCGAAGUUAACAGAUAUGUCAAAGAAAUUCUUGGGAACAAUGAGAAAAAUGCAAAAUUAUUGCAACAAGUAAAGCAAGUAAUUAGUCUAGUAACCAAGGAAAGGUUGCUUGUGGGUAAAGAUCAGGUAAAGAUGCUUGAAAAAAAACUCAACACUUGCAGAAAUCCUGAAAAUAUUCAUCCCGAUGCAAAAUUUUCAAAGAAAAUAAAAUCAUACAAGCAAAAUGAGGAGACUGAAAUGGAUACAAGUUGAUGCAAGUUAGAGACAAGGCUUUGAUUUAAGACAAGUUGCCAUGUAACACUGACAUGUCCCUUUAGAGACAAGGGCUUUGAUUUAAAACGAGUUCACAUGGUAACAGUGACAUGUGACUCUAUCCUUUACUACUGGAAUUUGUUACAACCUAUUUAUUAAAAGUUUAAACUGAGAUCAAGAGUGGUUGUUACGGAACAAAAUGGUCACCCUGUGGUCAGAGCCAGUCUUAUCAUGUCACACCACACCUUAAAUUUAGUCUAAAUUUAGUAAAUGUCUCCCCCCCUCCCCAUCCCAUGUAUAUUAUUUGAUUGAAAAGAUGACUGUUGACAAAGACACCACUUUCUCACAUUUUAGUCAAAUAUAAGGUGGUGAAAAGAGUGAGCAAAGAUUGUCCCAGCAUUCAUACACCUCUAAUUUGUAGAUGAAAAUGCUUUUAAGCAUUAAAAGUUAAUUUAAAAACUGAUGAGCCUCUUACUAAGUUCUAAGAGAGCUAAUAAUCUAUCGACAUGUUGUAGGUCUAAAAAUACUGAUGUCCAUUUGAUCCAUUUCUUUUGAAGUAGUAAUAAUAAUAGAAGCGGAUUCUUGUUAUCAUGUAGUUGUAAGUGGUUGUGAGAUCUGUUUGGGUCAUGUAGCACAAACCAGUGGUCAGUAUAACAGCCAGUAGAAUGGUUAUGAUGAAGUACAGCAUCAAUGCCUGUGAAGAUGUCAUGGUGACCUUUACUGUAUCUUGUGAUGUUGAAGUAGUUUCUUCUGAAAAACAAGUACAUUAAAAUGAAUGUUAAAAAGUA